AUGAUGCUACUAUCCUACUUUGCCACUACACAAAUUUUCUUGCUACUCUUACUUGUGUUUCCACAAAUUAAAUCUGAUCUAAACUCAGAAAAGCAAGCACUUCUAGAUUUUGUUGCUUCAAUACAUCAUGGUGGAAAACUCAAUUGGAGCUCUAAUAUCUCAAUAUGCACUUCUUGGGUGGGAGUUAAAUGCAAUCCUAAUGGCUCACAUGUUCGAUCCGUAAGGCUUCCGGGCGUUGGAUUGCGCGGAACUCUCCCGGAAAACACGCUUGGUAAGCUACAUGGUCUCAGCAGUCUUAGUCUUAGGUCUAACACCUUGUUUGGGAACCUUCCAAGUGACAUUUUUUCCAUUCAUUCUCUAAGAUUUAUAUAUCUUCAACAUAACAACUUUUCAGGUUAUAUUCCUGAUUAUUUACCACCUCGUCUUAGGCUUCUUGAUUUGUCCUAUAACUCUUUCACCGGAAAAAUUCCAAAUAUAAUCCAAAACAUGACUUGUCUAAUAGAACUAAACCUUCAAAACAACUCUCUCAUAGGACCUAUUCCUAAUGUUGUUGUUGAGCUACCCAAUCUUAAGAAUUUGGAUUUGAGCUUCAAUCAUCUUAAUGGUUCAAUUCCUUCAGGGUUUCAUAAGUUUCAUGCAUCUUCAUUUAAAGGAAACUUAAGGUUAUGUGGUGCACCUUUGAAACAAUGCUAUUUAGCUUCUUCCCCUACUACAAUUUUGUCUCCAUUAAUAGUUUCACCAAAAGUGCCUAGUGAUAUCUCAAACAAGAAGCUUAAUACAUGGGAAAAAAUUGCUAUUGCUUUGAGUGUUUUUGUUUUUGCAGUAAUGCUUCUUCCGGUUCUCAUAGUAGUGUUCUGCUGUUUCGAAAAGAGAGUAGGCGAACAAAAUGUAAAACAUAAAGAGAAAGGAGAGAAGCUUAUGAAGGAAUUUGGAAGUGGUGUGCAAGAAAAUGAGAGAAAUAGGCUAAUAUUUUUUGAGGGAUGUUCUUAUAGUUUUAAUCUUGAUGAUUUGCUGAGAGCCUCGGCGGAAGUGCUCGGCAAGGGAAGUUAUGGAACAACUUACAAAGCUAUCUUGGAAGAGGGAACAAUAGUGGUUGUGAAGAGGCUAAAAGAAGUGGCAAUGGGGAAAAAAGAAUUUGAGCAGCAAAUUGAGAUUGUUCAAAGGCUUGAUCGUUAUCCGAAUGUGGUUUCGCCUCGUGCUUACUAUUAUUCGAAGAAUGAAAAGCUUGUUGUUUAUGAUUACUUCACAUCUGGAAGCUUCUCCAAGUUAUUGCAUGGAAAAAGUGAAACCGGACGAACUCGACUAGAUUGGGAUUCCAGAUUGAAGAUAAUGGCUGGAGCUGCUAAGGGCAUUGCCUAUAUCCACUCAUCCAAUGGAAGGAAACUUGUUCAUGGCAACAUAAAAUCAUCCAAUGUGCUUCUCUCAACAGAUCUUCAAGGCUGCAUAUCAGAUUUCGGCCUAACAUCUCUAACAAGUUUAUGUGUCUCCCCUAAAAGUCCUUCCGGCUACCAAGCACCGGAGGUGAACGAAAGCAGAAAACACACUCAAAAAUCUGAUGUAUACAGCUUUGGUGUUCUUCUCCUUGAGAUGCUGACUGGGAAAACACCGGUUCAGCAUCCGGGGAGUGAUGAUGAUGUGGUUGAUCUUCCAAAAUGGGUCCAAUCUGUUGUUAGAGAGGAAUGGACUGCUGAAGUGUUUGAUCUUGAGCUAAUGAGAUAUUCAGAUAUUGAAGAAGAAUUGGUUCAGAUGUUGCAACUUGCUAUGGCAUGUGUAGCAGUGAUACCUGAUUCAAGACCAUCCAUGGAGGAAGUUGUUAGGAUGAUUGAAGAUAUCAGAGUAUCCACUUAUUAG